AUGGACCUGUCACGUUCAGCACCCCGACUCUCACGCUGGCCAACGACUAGCCUCGUCCUGUCCGACGCCGACGGCCGCGUGCUCUGGACCACGCCCGGCGCGGGCAGAUCGUCCUCGCAGGGCGACGGCAACCUGCUCAUCCAGCUGCCGGACGGCACGGUGGUGUGGCAGAGCUUCGACCACCCGACGGACACGUUCCUGCCGAGGAUGGAGGUGCGGCUGAGCCACACGGGCAAGGCUGGCUGGCUCGUCCCCUGGAGGUCUCCACGCGACCCGGCGCCGGGGCGCUUCUCCUACGGCCUGGACCCCAGCACGUCGCUGCAGCUGCUCAUGUGGAACGGCACGCGCCCCUACUGGUGCAAUCCCGUCUGGACGGGGCACGCCGUCUCCAGCAGCUACAUCAGCGCCGGCACGGUCAACACGGCGGUCGUGGCCACCGAGGAGGAGAUCGCCAUCACCUUCACGCCCACGCGGUACGGUUUUGUGUCGAUGCCGAGCAUGACGGUGCCGGACAAGUUCAUGCUCGACGCAGGCAACCGGAGCGCGGAGGAGUGCGCGGCGAGGUGCGCAGCCAGCUGCUCGUGUGUGGCCUACGCAUACGCGGGUGAACUGGGCCGGUGCCUGGUGUGGGCAGGGGAGCUCGUGGACGCACAGAUGAUCGGCGCGCCCGGCGAGACGCUCUACCUCCGCGUGCCGGUUGCUGCUGCUUCCACAGGUAGAAAUGCAGUGAAGAUAGCAGUGCCGGUGUUGGCAGCUGCCCUGCUGCUCUCAUGCAUUUUCUUCGUAUGGUUUCGUAGAUUCAGAGGCAACUUCUCCAAGACAUUCAUGAUUGGCCGUGGAGGCUUUGGCAAUGUCUAUAAGGUUUCAGAAAAAUCUUAA